CUCCUGCGAACCCUCUACCGCACAAUCUCCCACGCCAAACACGCCCGCAACCUCUCCUGCCGUCCAGCGCCCCUAGAACCCUCAAAAUACCCCCUCGGCCUCGACAUCGUCCUCGCCUCCCUCCGCGCCGACCGCGAACAGCGCACACCAGACCACGUCGCCGCUCGCUUCGAGGCCCUCAGACACAAUGGUAACAAGAACAAGAACAACAGCAGCAGCGGCGGUGGCGGCGGCGGCGGCGUCUACACCUUCCGCAUGUCCCUCCUCGGCACCACAAACCUCGUCACAGCCGACCCGCGCAACAUCCAAGCCCUCCUCGCCACGCAAUUCCACGAUUUCGGCAUGGGCCUCGCCCGCAGCACAAACUUGAAGACAGUCCUGGGUAGAAGCAUCUUCGCGGCCGACGGCACGGCGUGGCGCGCCGCUAGGGAGAUGAUGAGGCCUCUCUUCAGCCGCGAUAACGUCUCCAGGCUGGACCUGCUCGAGGCGCACGUCCAGACGCUGUUCCUCUGCAUCGAAAAGGAGACAAUCACCACCACCACCACCACAAACUCCACGAAGGGUGAUCCAUGGUCAGGCGCCGUAAGCCUCGCCUCGCUGUUCCCGUGCCUCACCCUCGACUCCGCAACAGAACUCUUCCUAGGCCAAAGCACAUCCACCCUCACAGCCCGCCUACACGACGACCAAACCCACCCAGGCACAGCCUUCAACCACGCCUUUGAAAAAAUGCUCGCCGUCCUCGGCACGCGCAUGCGUCUCCGGAGCUUCUACUGGGCCUACGGAACUAAAGACCUACACGCCUGCGUAGCGACGCUCCACGCCUUUGUCGACGCCGCCAUCGCGGCAUCAGACAGCGCAAAAGCCCAGGGCUCCUCCCUCGCGCGCUACGACUUCCUAGAUGUCCUCCGCGAGCGGUGUGUCGGUGGAGACGAAGAAGUCCGCGAGCAGGUGUUGGGAUUACUCGCCGCUGGGCGAGAUACCACCGCCUCGCUAAUGAGUUGGGCCUGGUACUGCCUCGUCCGCAACCCGCGCGUGUUCGCCAAGCUCCGGGCAGAAAUCACAUCAGCCUUUGGGUCCUACCACUCCUCUCCAACAGACCACCCUUCGGAGACAACAAUGACGUUCGCGUCCCUGAAGCAGUGCACCUACCUCCAACACGUCCUCUCCGAGACCCUCCGCCUCCACUCCGUAGUCCCCUUCAACUCCCGCCGCGCCCUCCGCGACACAACCCUCCCCACGGGCGGCGGACCCCUCGGCACCGACCCCGUCUUCGUACCCGCGGGGACGGAAGUCAACUUCAGCACGCACGUGCUCCACCGCCGCAAAGAUCUCUGGGGCGACGACGCGGAUGAGUUCGUGCCGGAGCGGUGGGAGACCAAAAGGGGCUCCGCGGGCGCGGCGUGGCAUUUUGUGCCGUUUAAUGGCGGGCCGAGGAUUUGUAUCGGGCAGCAGCUUGCGCUGACGGAGGCUGGAUAUGUGGUUGCGAGGAUGUUGCAGAGGUAUGAGGCCGUGGAGGGGUUGGAUGUGGAUGGGACGAGGGAUUGGCAUAAUUUUACGGUGGUUUGUGGGCCUGGGAGCCCGGUUGAUCGGAAUGAGGCUGUUUUGUGUCGGUUGAAGGUUGCGGGAGUCUAAGAGGGAUUGGUUGUCUUGGCUGGUACAGGCCACCUUGAGGUAGCUGUAUCACCAGGUUUGAUGCUCGUCAGGAGAGAAUUUGACAUCCGCUAUGAUUCAAAUGAUAUCAUCACUUCCGACGAGAUACCGGGCAUGUUGCAACGUUCCUAGAGAGACUCAGAAUCAUCAGCGUUCAUAGUUUGCGAGGCAUCAUAGAAAAUGACAGCUCUCAGAAUCAAGCCCUGAACGAUGCCCACUUACUUAUCAUGGAGGUGAGCACUAACACCUUCCGCGUGCACCACGCACCUGCCUCGGGAAUGCUGACCGGAAGAGCAUCGGUUAAAGUGGAUCGCAUCACCGUCGCCGCGCCGGUCCGCUCCGAACGUUAAGUCGAGCGACCCGGGCUGACUGACA